AAGUGAACCAAGUGCCAGAAGUGAAGUGGCCGUUCAUGGUACACCACACGAGUAUCGCAUGAAAGUCAUUGCUUGGCAAGAUUCGCCAUGACACUUCCUUAUCGGAGGCGUCCAGGGUGUGGUAUAGCGGAUAUCGAGGGUGCAAACACCCCCUCCAAGAAUCUGGGAAGCUGAUUUCGGCUCAGCAAUAACCGAUGCACAAGUUGGAGCAUGUAUAUUUAAACAGCUGUGAUUUACCGUUUCUCUCCCCCAUACUUCUCUGCAUACUACUAUGGUCCAGACCGACGAAGGCCAUGGCAUUCCUGUCGUGCUCGCGAAGAAGCCCGAUGUCGAACCUCCUUACUCUGUGUUUACGACUUGUGAAAAAUGGCUCAUAGUGACUCUUGCAUCUAUAGCAGGGUUGUUUAGUUUUGUCAGCCCGUUGACGGCGUAUAUAUACCUUCCUGCGAUUCCAAUGAUCGCGACUGCGUUUGGCAAGACCGUUGAACUUACGAACCUUACGGUGACGGUUUAUUUGGUGUUUCAGGGUGUAUCGCCCAUGUUCUGGGGCACUCUCGCAGAUCGCAUGGGCAGGCGACCAACGUCGCUCGGAUGUUUGUUUGUUCUCAGCCUUGCUUGUAUCGGUCUGGCUUUCGUACCGACAUCAUACUUCUGGCUGUUGAUGGUUCUUCGAUGUCUCCAAGCGGUUGGUAGCGCUAGCACGCUCAUGAUCGCCUGGCUACGCCACUCGACUCCUAGUUGGAAUAUGGACAUCGAUAAACGAUAA